AUGGAGCUCCCCAAAAGUGCCGUCUGUCGGGAAUGCUGGCAUCUUCUCCGUCAACCCAAAUACACACCUCGUGUCUUUGCGGUGAACUUCUCCCAGCGGACAAGACAAACAAGACCGAUUUCCCGCCCGCAAGAGCGAAGGAUUGAAACACCAUCGCAACAUGAACGACUUCGACAAAUCCGCCGUUUGGCGACUGAGAUCCCUUCCAAACGCCCCUCCACCUCCCCGACAGAUCUGACGGCCAUCCACAACCGGAUUGAAAGUUUAUACGCGUCGAUAUUCGAGAACGGCGACAAGGAGCUUCCGUCCGAACAGCGGAUACUAUAUGUCCUCGAGCACCUCGAGUCCAUUGCCCAGCAAGUGUCGGAGGAAGAGAAACAUGAUUCUUUUGGACGACAACGACGAGGCGAAGAUGUGCCCAAAGCCGCUCCCUCAGCAUCAGCAACAUCCACCCUCCUCAACAGCGUCAACGCCCGCUCCUCCAAAGAGCCCAUAACCCCUCAAUCCAUCUUGACCAGCAUCACGACCCGCGCCGAACAAAUCCUUCGCGAUCCCAGCGUCUUCAUCACGCCCGCAAUCCUCAAAUCCUACAUCCAACUCCAAUCGCUUCUCGCUCAACCCUCCUCCUUCCCAGACAUCUUCCACCUCUACGCCCAUAAACCCAUUCCCACAAAGUCCUCCUCAGGGACAACCUUCGCAAAGCCCUCACCCACAAAAGUCUCCGCGGCCAUAGACUCCAAGACCGCCUCAUUGGCCCUAGCAUCCGCAACAGCAACUCACGAUCUCGCCCUCGCAAUCGACAUCAUAACAACCUCCUUCUCCACCCCAGCCUUCCGGCGCGCAAAAAUCCUCCGAAAAGCCGCAAUUCCCAUCGGAGGUCUCGCUCUGGCUCCUUGUGCAGCCUACGCUCUCUCUCAGACGUUCUCCCAGGUACAAUCUUCCAUGGACGAGGGAUUAGCGAGUGGGAUUGCUUUCGCGGGCAUCAUGACGUAUGUGGGUGCUGUGAGUAUGGUGGGUUAUGUGGCAGUGACCACGGCGAACGACCAGAUGGACCGCGUGACGUGGGCAAGUGGAGUGCCGCUUUGGGAGCGGUGGGUCAGAGAGGAAGAAAGGGCAGCGAUUGACUCGGUGGCUGGCGCGUGGGGGUUCCAAGAAGUGGAGAAGAAGGGUGAUGAAGAGGGGGAGGAGUGGGAGGCAUUGAGGGAGUAUGUCGGGAUGAAGGGCAUGGUGUUGGAUAAAGUAGGCUUGAUGGAGGGCAUGGAGUGA